UUCCAUACAUUUCCUAACUUUAACACAAGAAAAUGCCUUCAUCAACCGAAGAGAGUUAUAGUAAGACCUUCAUGGUAGACAGCAGCGACUCGGAGACAGAAAAUGAAGAUCUUGCCCUAGUACACAUGGUUCUCAACAAAUUGACUCUCAAAGACCAAACUCUGCUGCAUCGUCUUUAUAAGAAAGUACCCUAUGCCUUUAAUAACCUCUGGCGAGAUCAACAUCAAUGUUUGGAUUUUGGAAAACUGCAGUGGAAACUUCAUGGCUCGAACUUGCAAUUAUUUCUACAGGAUAUGUGUACAGACUUCCGAAGUGUCCACUUCCGUAGUGAGCAUUUGCAGGAGGAAUUGAACAUCCUGGAACAGGCGGGUAUUGAACAUUUAAUCAAUGUCGAGUUCUGUGAAAUAAGCUGGGAUAAUUCCUUGGCCCAAAAGUAUACAAAAUUCCCUCAAUGGCCUUUACAUGCCUUACCAAAACUUUUAAGUAAUCUCCUCUAUCUGGAGAUGCAUGCACCUGUACAGGCUUGUUAUAUUGAACAGUUUAAGAAAUUGGAAUCCCUUAAGAUCUACGAUGAGAUUUCCAGUUCAGCUUUAAAGGAAAUUUUAUCAACUGAUGCAGAUUUGAAGCUUUUCCAUUUACCAGGAAAUUUCAUUUAUCAACUUUCAGGAAUUUCGAAGUGCAAACAUUUAAGUAAUCUUCUGGUUAAUCUCCAGACUUUUUUAACCAGUCCCAAAGAGAUUCUACAGCUGCCGGAACUUUUGGUUUUAGGACUCACUCAGCUUACAGAAAAUAAGGAAGCCUUAAAUGCAUUAUCCUUGAUUAUCGAACAAAAAGGAAGUCGGCUAAAAAGUUUUCAACUAAACUGCAGUUUUAUGGAUACGGCAGAAAACCUAACUCAGUUGGAACUUAACCGCUGUCUUAGUUUGGAAGAGUUGGAGUUGGUGAAUUGCAAAUUUGAAAAUCAGGAUAUAAUUAAGUUAUGUCUGCCUUCAAACCAAACUUAUGCUUUGUUUUGUAACUGCCUCGACCUGAUGGAUGGCCAACUUUUGAUCUUUAUUAAGGCUAGUACGAAGCUAAAGGAAAUUGUUCUUAUUAAUUGUCCAAAACUGACGGUAGAUUUGCUACAUGAUGUUGUGAAAGUUAGGAUUACUAGUGAACAAGAAGAACCUCUUUUAAUUAGGGUUAAGGAUUGUCCGGAGCUUUGGGACUCCUAUCAAAAUAAUUUGGCUAUUCACUGGUCAAAAGUACAAUCUAUAAUCAAAGUGGAAUGCCUGAUGGAUAAUUAUAACCCUAUAGAAAAUGUUCAGUUUACCUUUCAUGAACUAGAAGGAAGACGAAAUCUUCAGGUACAAGCCUAAAGGAUUUAUGAGAUUUUUUAUUUUAGUAAAUUAAGAAAUUGUAAGUAAAUAUAAAUGUAAUAAAAAUUGUACAAUUAAU